AUACAGAUUGAUCCAACAUCUCUUAAACGUUUUGUCGUGUUAUUUGGGGGUGUGUUGUUCAGUAGCAGAAAAUACUGUCACAUUCCACAUGAAAAUGAAAGCAAAUACGUAUCGAUAGUUGGAACACGUGUAUUAUGGAUUUAUCCCUCGGUAACUCGUAUGGUAACGGCUUGCUGUAUGCGGGCUGGAACCAAGAUCAAGGAUGCUUUGCCUGUGGAAUGGAAACAGGGUUUCGAGUGUACAAUUCAGAUCCUCUGAAAGAAAAAGAGCGACAAGAUUUCGCUGAUGGUGGGAUUCAUCACAUCGAGAUGUUAUUUAGGUGCAAUUACUUGGCUUUGGUUGGUGGGGGUAAAAAUCCAAAAUACCCCCCAACAAAGGUGAUGGUAUGGGAUGACUUGAAAAAGAAACCUGUGAUAGAAUUGGAGUUUUCAACAGAAGUCCGUAGUGUCCGCCUGAGACGUGACAGGUUAGAUGAACAAUGUGUCACUUAG